AUGACGCCGACGACUUCUGCGCAAGGUAUGGAGAAUACUACGAAGAAACGCGCGGCGACGAUCAUCUGCGCUUUACUCCUUCUGAGCGGUGUGAUGGCACUCUCGUCCGUGAUUCUCGUCGCGGAAAAAAGAACGUCCUCGAGGAAUUCGUCUCGUGCGCUCGAGAAGAGAGGGAGUGGUACUCAAAGUGCGUUUCGAUUCCUCGAUUCCGUGGUCGAGGGAAAGAGGAAGGCGAGUGGUGCGAAGAAAAAAAAAGGGUUCGUCGACGUCGUCGAAGACGAUCAGAUGGGCGAUUUGAUCGUCGUGAAAGAAGACAACCAAGAAGAAGAGGAAGGGUUGUAG